AUGGAAUACGAUUCGAUUUCGACGUCUGUGAGAGGCGAAGGGAUUCGAUUGGAAGAUUGGGAAGAUGAAUUAGAAGGAUGCGAAUGUGAAGAAGGAUGUUCUACGGAGAGUCGAUGUUCUUGUCUGAUGGGAGAUGAGGAUAAUUAUUCCCGCGAUGGAAAACUUUUGCCGUCGUCAGUUAAUCGACCAUUGUUAGAAUGCCAUUCGCAAUGUGCCUGCAGUCUUCUUCCGUCUUGUCGAAAUCGAUUAGUCCAAAAUGGAAUUACUAAAAAUCUCGAAGUAUUUAGAACUUCCCAAAAAGGAUUCGGAGUUAAAACACUCGAAUCAAUUGAACCGAUGGAAUUCGUAUGUGAAUAUGCCGGUGAGAUAAUUAGCGAAAAUGAAGUUCAACGAAGGUAUCAAGAAAAUGAAUAUGAAGAUAAUUAUACUCUAACAAUUAAGGAGCACUGCCAAGACAACAUUCGAAAAACAUUCAUAGAUCCAAGAAAUCGCGGAAAUAUUGGAAGAUUUCUGAAUCAUAGCUGCUCACCGAACUGUGAUAUUGUUAUUGUGAGAAUUGGAAGGAUUAUACCGACUGUUGGAUUAUUCGCUAAUAGAAAAAUCGAAGUUGGAGAAGAACUUACUUAUGAUUACGGCUCAUCCACUCUUGAUGAUGAAAAAUAUAGAAAAAUAUGUCAUUGUCGAUCGGAAAACUGCCGAGGUUUUCUGCCGAUGUCAGCCACACCUAUCGAAUGA